CGAGAUCAUACUGAAUUUAGAUUUGAACGAAUAUGUUUAAACACAUUUUUCUAUUGGUCGCGGUUUACGCUGUUUUGGGCUUCGCGGAGCCUUUACAAGUAUACGAUCGGCAAGGACGUGAGUUUUACCUAAUUCCAGCUACAGACUUGCAUUCAGUUCGUCAACGGAGAGAGGUCCGAAUACCGACCGAUCAUAACAUUAGAGGCAAAGCCUAUGGUUAUCAAGACUCUAAGUACGGCGAGGUGUAUGGUGCAAGGGGCAUUUACACGCACAGACCUUCAGAGAGUCAAGUAAAAGUUGCUGGAGAAACACGUCAAUUCGGAGGAAGUAAAGUUGCCGCUCAGGGAAAUUACAACUUCUUCAGAACGGAUGAUGGAAGGGGAACAAUCGGUGUUGGUGGUAAAUAUACAAGAAAAUCCGAUGGUUUUGGACACAAUCGUAACGACUACGCUGCAAUCUUGGAAGGCGAAUACAGAUUUGGAUAGACAUUAAUUAUGAAAUUAUUCAAUAAAUUAG